AUGCAUUCUGCUCUAUCCCAUUCAUACACUUCUCCACAGACAUUUGUGAGAGCUUCUCUCUUUGAUCUCAUGGCUUAUCUCACAUUGUUAGUUUCGUUUGUUAUCCUUGUUGUCUCAGCAUUCCCUCCUUGUUAUGUCCAUGGAUUAAGCUGCAUGGAAACUGAAAGGAUAGCCCUUCUCAGCAUCAAAGCAGGCAUUAAUCAUAGCGACGACCAAAGCUUGUUCUCUUCUUGGACUGGCCAUGACUGUUGCAAAUGGCAAGGCGUGAGCUGCAAUCAUGAAUCCCGGCAUGUCAUCAAGCUGAUCUCCAGACAGCACCCAUCUAAUGAUAUCUCUGAUUAUUAUGACUUGCCACCAAGUAAGUUGAACUCUUCUCUCAUUCAGCUUCAUCAUUUAAAGCACUUGGAUUUGAGCAUGAACAACUUCGAUGACUCCCCCAUCCCAGACUUCAUUGGCUCUUUUUCCAACCUUGAAUACCUUAAUCUCUCCAAUGCCGGAUUCAGUGGUGCCAUUCCUCAUACCUUUGGAAACCUAUCAUUCUUGCGUUAUCUUGAUCUUAGCUCAAAUUAUAAUCUACAACCCAAUGACCUCCACUGGCUCUCUGGAAUGACUUCUUUGCAUCAUCUUGAUUUGAGUGGAGGAACCUUUCCAACGUGCAUGGUUGGCUUCAUGAGCAUUAACAAGUCCUUUGGAAAUCUCGGUAGCUUGGAGAAACUUGAUUUGUCAUGGAAUAAAUUCAUUGGAGGCAUUCCAGAAUCUCUUAGCAAUCUUACAAAUUUAGAGUACUUUGAUUUGUCUCAUAAUAAGAUUGGAAAGUUGCCAAAGAGCAUUGGGAGGAUGCAGAAGUUGGUGUACUUUGAUUUGGCUUAUAAUAACAUUGGAAAGCUGCCAAACAGCAUAGGGAGGCUGCAGAAUUUGGAGAUUUUUGAUGUAUCCAGAAACCAGGUUCAGGGAUUGAUGCCUGCAAGCAUUAGGGAUCUAAGAAACAUGCAAUACUUGGAUUUGUCACAGAAUAUGAUCAGUGGACCAAUUCCUGAAUCCUUUGGCAAUCUCACACUUUUGCAGUAUCUAUAUUUGUCUGAAAAUGCAAUAAGUGGAAUGUUACCAGAGAGUUUUGGAAAUCUUAGCCAAUUGUUGUGGUUGACAAUGCAGGCCAAUGGCAUCAAUGGAACAUUGCCAAAAGGCAUGGGGAAAUUAUGCAAGUUACAGACCUUGGAUUUAACUGGCAAUAUGAUCAGUGGAGGCACAGAUGAUUUUGUUGAUGGACUGUCUAAAUGCAGGGAGAACAAGUAUGGUUCUGCUUCAGAAAAGAACAUAGGCAAAUUAUCUAAACUGUUUGAACUGAAUCUCUCUUCAAAUUCUUUGAUGGGUGUCUUAACUGAAUCUCAUUUUGCUAAUCUUGUAAACUUGAAAUAUUUGGACUUAUCCUACAACUCUUUGCAAUUGAAUGUAAGUGAGAAUUGGAAGCCUCCUUUUGAAUGCUUGCACAUCAGAAUGUGUUCUAUCAAGGUAGGUUCAGUGUUUCCCACUUGGCUAAAAACUCAGACAUAUUUGAGUGACCUUUGCUUAUCAGAUGCUGGAAUUUCAGGCAACAUCCCUGCAUGGUUUGGAUAUCUAAGUCCCUCUUAUAGCUAUUUUCUCAAUCUAUCAAAUAACAAUUUGGAGGGGAGGCUACCAACUUCUUUGAAAAAUUACACUUUCUACAGCAUAGAUUUGAGUUCAAACAGAUUUGAAGGCCCAUUACCUGAGCUUGAUCCCUCCCCUUUGCUUGUUAUCUAUCUCAACAACAACUCAUUCUCUGGGUCUAUUCCUUCAUACUUUACUAAUGCUACUUAUAUUCAAGUUCUCUCUGUAUCUGACAAUCAUAUCAGUGGCAAUAUUCCGUCGUUCUUCUGUAACCUUACUAGCUUGGAAUUGCUUGAUAUAUCUAAUAAUGAUAUGUCUGGAAGACUUCCCAAUUGCUGGAAUCCAACAUCAGCAUUGGAAAUUAUUAAUUUAUCUGACAAUAAUUUCAUUGGUAAAAUUCCUGCUGGCCCUGUGUCCUUGACCAAUCUCCGAUCCUUACAUUUGAGAAACAAUAGCUGGCCAAAAAGUUGGUCACUCUUGACAUUGGUGACAACAAACUCUCAGGGCAUCAUUCCAGAGCAAUUAUCAAAACUCUCCUCUCUUCAGAUCCUUGACCUUGCACACAACAACCUAUCAGGUUGCAUUCCUCAUUCUUUUGGAGAUUUCAAAGCCAUGGUAGUCACAAACCACACUCAAUGGUGGUCUUUGUUCUCUAUUUUGAGUGUUGCCGAGCCUUUAUUUCCCCCUGGCAGCGAUGGUGGUCAUAAUAGCUUUGCGUACUCAGAAUCUCUCUUAAUAAGUGCAAAGGGUCUUCAAAUGGAAUACUCUAAGGUUCUAUCAUUAGUCACAAGCAUAGACCUAUCAAACAAUAAGCUUUCCUGUGAGUUGCCUGAAGAAUUGACCAAACUGCAUGGACUGCAUUUCUUGAAUCUUGCUUACAACCAUUUCGAUGGAAAGAUAUCAGAAAACAUCAGUGAAAUGAAACAGCUGGAAUCCCUUGAUCUAUCAUGGAACAAUUUAAUUGGUACCAUCCCUUCAAGCAUAUCUACUUUGAACUUCUUGGCCCAUUUGAACCUUUCCCACAACAAUUUGUCAGGAAAAAUUCCAUCAGGCAGCCAACUUCAGACUUUCGAUUCAUCAGCCUAUAACUGGAAUCAUAAUCUUUGUGGAUCACCUCUUCAGGAUUGUGCUAAUGAGACACAUUAUUCCCAAGGUGCAAACGAGGAAGAAGGAAAAGGAGAAUGGUUAGAGAUGUUAUGGCUUUACGUAGGCCUUGCAAUGGGAUUCAUUACUGGCUUUUGGGUAAUCAUUGGCACCAUUAUUAUCAAGCAAACCAUAAGGAUUGCUUAUUUCAGAUCCAUUGACAAAGCAUAUGAUUUUCUAUAUGUGAAGAUGGUUAUGUACUCCCGGAGAUUCAAAUCAACUUUCUCAAAGAGGAACUAA